UUAAAAAUUUUCUGAUCGCUCUUUAGUUACAUAAACUAUAUACAUACAUAUGUACAUACAUACGGGUAAUGAUCAAAAAUUGAUUGGUGUUAUCAGGUGUGAAACAGACAAUGUUUACUUCAGCAUACAUCAGCCACCAGAUUUUAGUGAAGUUGUCAGGACGGAACAGAAUAUUGGCGUCUCAAUACCACAGCCUGGUUGGUUUGAACAAGAUCCAAUGGAGAUUAUUGAAGCAGUUUACAAGUGUUGGGAUGAAUUAGGUAAAGUACUGCCGAAGAAAGGUCUUACGGUUGAGGGAAUUGUAGCCAUUGGAAUCACUAAUCAGCGCGAGACCACGAUUUUGUGGGAUUCGCGCUCGGGCAAACCUCUUUAUAAUGCAAUUAUGUGGAAGGAUAUACGUACAGAUCAAAUUGUGGAUCGCAUUGUUGCAGAUACAGAUGAUCAGAAUAUUAAUCAUUUUAAGUUCACAUCGGGCUUACCAUUGUCACCUUACUUUUCGGCUCUCAAAAUACGAUGGUUGAAGAAUUAUGUGCCAAAAGUGCGCACCGCAUGCUUGGAAGGUCAUUGCAAAUUUGGCACUGUAGACAGUUGGAUUGUUUGGAAUCUAACGAACGGUGAGCUGCAUGUGACCGAUGUGACGAAUGCUUCUCGCACAUUCCUUAUGAACAUUAACACUUUACAAUGGGAUCCCUUGUUGCUUCGUACAUUCAGUGUGGAUCGAAAUAUGCUGCCCGAGAUACGCAGUUCGUCUGAAAUAUACGGCAGAAUCAAAAAUGAGCGUUGCGGUCACUUGAUUGGCAAACUUAUAACCGGUAUCAUCGGCAAUCAUCAGGCGGCAUUGCUUGGCCAGUAUUGCGUGAAGCCAGGUCAGGCGAAAAAUAGUUACCAAAAUGGCCUGUUUUUGAUUUGCAAUACAGGGGAACGCUGUGUUAUAACAGAUCGUGGUCUGAUUACCACAGUUGCAUACAAAUUAGGGCCGAGAAAAAAAGCUAUUUAUGCAUUAGAAGGUGUGGUGCCUGUGGGAGGAGCGUGCUUGACUUGGCUAAGGACGCGUUUACGUCUUGUGCGAAAUGAAAAGGAGGUGCAUGAGCAUGCUGACGCUGUGCCCACAACAGGUGAUGUUUACUUUGUGCCUGCUUUGACUGGACUUUACGCACCAUACUGGGAUAAGAGCGCUCGCGGUCUGAUCAUUGGUCUGACGCAGUAUACAACUAAGAAACACAUCUUACGUGCCGCACUCGAGGCGAUUUGCUUUCAGACCCGUGACAUCGUCGAAUGUAUAAACGAUGCGAGCGGCUACCAAAUAAACAAAGUCUAUGUGGAUGGUGAAUUGUCUGGGAACGAUAAGUUAAUGCAAUUGCAGGCCGAUACGUCGGGUUUGGCGCUGUAUCGCAUACAAACGGACACAAUAUCUUUGGGGGCAGCUCUAUGUGCAGCGCAGGCGGAGAGUAUUGAUUUGUUCCGAUUAGACCCAAACAAAUUUUAUGAAGACACUUCACAAAGUGAAUUAUUUCUGCCAAUCAAUACCGAUGAUGAUCGUAAACAACGUUACGCAAAGUGGAAACGUGCCGUAGAACGGAGCAGGGGUUGGGUGCCAAAGAGGCCGGGUAGUGAUAUGACCGAUGCAACAUAUAGAUUGUUAGUAUGCAUACCAGCUGCUGGGUUUAUACUAGGUACGACUUUCAUGGUGUUACUCGCGGGAUGGGGUAAGAAAUAAAA